AUGGGUCGUGUGAUACGUGCUCAACGUAAAGGCGCCGGUUCAGUCUUCGUGUCCCACACGAAAAAAAGGAAAGGUGCACCAAAACUGAGAUCUUUAGAUUAUGCCGAGCGUCAUGGAUACAUAAAAGGUGUUGUUAAAGACAUUAUCCAUGACCCAGGCCGUGGUGCCCCUUUGGCAGUGGUUCAUUUCCGUGAUCCCUACAAGUUUAAGACUCGCAAAGAAUUGUUCAUUGCACCAGAAGGCCUGUAUACUGGUCAAUUUGUGUACUGUGGAAAGAAAGCUACUUUAGAAGUUGGAAAUGUGAUGCCAGUAGGAGCCAUGCCUGAAGGUACAAUUGUGUGUAAUUUGGAAGAGAAAAUGGGUGAUAGAGGACGGCUUGCCCGUGCCUCUGGUAAUUUUGCCACAGUUAUUGGCCAUAACCCAGAUGCCAAACGUACAAGGGUUAAACUGCCAUCUGGAGCUAAGAAAGUGCUGCCUUCAAGCAAUAGAGGAAUGGUUGGCAUUGUUGCUGGCGGUGGACGUAUAGACAAACCCAUCCUUAAGGCUGGACGUGCCUACCAUAAGUAUAAGGUUAAACGUAACUGCUGGCCUUAUGUACGUGGUGUAACAAUGAACCCUGUAGAGCAUCCUCAUGGUGGUGGUAACCAUCAACAUAUUGGUAAGCGUCUACCGUCAAGAGAGGUACAUCGGCCGGUCGCAAGGUUGGUCUCAUUGCUGCCAGACGCACCGGAAGAAUUCGCGGUGGCAAGACCGAUACAAAGAAGGAGGCGUAAACCUAUUUGUAAACAAAGUAAAAACAUCAAAAUCACACUUGUUGUUUCUCUUCAAUAA